AUGGCCAUAUUCCACGGUUCACUAGCUACACCAUUGCCAAUCACUCCAAAGCGUGAAGCUCUCGAGCUCGGGAUCCCCCUGGUUCCUUUACGCAAAAGAAGACGCGUUCAGGAAACUGCUGCCGGCGACGCGCCAACACAUCUCGCCCCAGUUCAUCUCCAGGAACUAUGGAAUGCGUGGCACUCUGAUAGCCGUGUGCCUACUGUGGAAUCUCGCCGUGCUUGGGCGGUCGCGCGGAACGUGGCUCCUGCUCACGUUCAUACGUGGUUCAAUCGGCGGAAGAUACAAGCAAAGAAGAAAGGGACGGUGCUAUCUGACGGGACGUAUGACCUCCUGACUGGCUCUCCCCCUGAUGUCAAGCGUCUCGUGGCAGUGAAAAAAGAGGCCUCGCCGGAAACGCCGACCAGAAAGAAGGGGAAGAUGAACCGGACUCCUUCCCAGCCUGAUACAUCUCCCUUUUUCACGCCAACGACCUGUCUUACGCAGCUCUCCUCCUCUGCUUCUGCUCCAGACUUGAUCCCAGCACUCCUACAGUUCUCUCUACAGAGGCCAACGGACGACGCAUAUACUCAGCCACUGAGCGAACCGGAUUACUAUGGCCCAUCCUCCGAGUCUCCACUGCAGCUCAGGUCUAGCUGUGUUUCUGUCCCAAAUGCAACAUAUAAUUUACGGAAUGUGCGCUCUCAGCUUUUGGAGAUGUCGUCUACGAGGAAUUCCCAGAGUGCACCUGUUUCUAGUCUUCCGCCGUCUUCCCCGUGCAUGCCUUCUUCGUCGGAGUACGAAUAUCAAAUAGGAAGUGAAAGCACUGCGGGGACCUCCCCGGCACCUUUUCCCCACAAAAUCGAUGACCAAGACGAAGCGAUCCUCGGCAUCGUUGACCCAGAGGCUGCGGUGUCGGGGGUUCAGCCAUCCGUUUUCAUCGAUGGGGACUCAGAUACACUGCCUGCCCAACUUUUGCAAGACGCCGAGGCGCAGAUACAUGCACACGACACGAUAAAUCUAAAUCACAUCUGCAACCAGGGUGUGCCCUCACGGUCCGACUUCCGGUGCGACCUGUGCGCGAUGGACGCCGAUACAUUCCCGGACCUUGCCCGUUUUUUCUUAGAUGGAAUUCGCCUCAGUCUCGCAUCUCCGACGUACGCAUUAGGACCCGCGUCCGAUGAUGCCACAGUGUUCUUGUCUUCGGAUGGUUUCAUUGCUCCGUACUGCCCUAUCUCCCCAUGA